AUGGCGACAAGCACUGUCGUCGUUGAACCGGCCUUUCCUCCCAUAGUUGUCUGGGAAUGGUUCAACGACCACGGCAGAUGGAGACCAUACGAACCGAUAAUCGUACUGGAAUUAGAAAAAAGAUUUCUUAAAGGCGGUAACUUCACUCUGGGAGAUGUUGAGUCAAAGCUUUCGUGUUAUGUUGUUAGUUUCAGCAGUAUGCAGCAAAUAAGCAAAACCACAAAUACAGCUAGAUCAGUAAGAAGACAAAUUUACCCAGCUGAGUCUGCUCCAGCUAAAGGGGUACUUUGGCAGUGGAUUGGUGAUGUCCCAGGCAGUUGGAACACCUAUGACUUAGACAUAUGCUGUAUUUUGGAAACAGCAUUUGAAAAAAAACAAGAACAAAUUAAUUUGACGCAAACUGCAUGUGGACUUCCAUACAUCAUUGACUUAACAAAUAUGAUUCAGAUACGCAAUGGUACUGGAUUUACCCGUGAGAUCAGAAGGAUCCAAAUGUCGGUGGGAUACCCAGUAGCUGAUGACAAUGAUCCCCACUCUACAAGCAAUAACAAUCCAGAUAGGAAACUGAAACAUUCUAUUUCAGCUCCAUGUGGAGUGGGUGAUUCCCCUCUCAGUGGCAUAAAAAGUAAAAUCGGGAGAUCCAGUUCUACAAAAUUGUCUCCAUCUGAUAGUAAGCCAUCCUUGUCUGAUGUGGGAUCUGUCAGCUCUAUCAGUAGUACUGAUAUGAAUAAUGUUACACCAUCGACCAGUGGUAUCGUUUCACCAAAUAGUGAUAGUGGCAUUGUGGCUUCAGCUUCAAAUUCGUCUGUUGGCAUGGUAACUGCCUCUCCAUUACCAUCUUCGUCAGGAUCAUCUAGUAGUGCUCUGUCUUCGUCAUCAGCGAUGACAAUGUCUGUACCUGUCAGCAGAAUGGUCAG